GUCUGAGAACUGGAUCCCGCUGCCGCUUUACAGUGUGUGCGAUUGCUUGGAGCCGCGUCUGUAUCACACUGUCAAACCACUCCGAAACGAACACAAUUGCAACCAAAACAAUUCAUUUACCAUCUAGUACAAUGACAAUUUUAGUUCGCCUUCAAAAUAGAUCCUAAUUCGGAUUGUUUUUUUAAAGUUGUAGUAGGCUAAAUCGGCUUCUGUUUUCUGUGUGCAUAUCAGUCAUUAGCAAGCUAGCCAUCGCGCUUUCUCUUAUUUCUUUAACUUUUUUUAAACAGUCAGCCUCGCGAAUGACUGAGCGCCGGCGGAGUAUGGGAUCCUUGGUGUCUUAGGAAGCGUAUGAGUGGGGUUUUAACUGGUUUUAAUUAAUAAAAAAAUGGCAAAUUCGACGGGGAAAAUUCAACCUGAUCAGCGAAGGAAAGGACUGGCUUUCCUGGACGAGCUGCGGCAGUUUCACCAAAGCAGAGGAUCACCGUUUAAGAAGAUCCCCUUCGUGGGUGGGAAAGAGCUUGAUCUUAAUGCUCUCUAUACCAGAGUCAUUUCUUUAGGUGGAUUUGCAAAGGUUUCUGACAAGAAUCAGUGGUCCGAACUCGGCGAAGAUUUUAAUUUUCCCAGGAGUUGCUCCAACGCUGCUUUUGUUUUGAAACAGUAUUACCUUCGCUAUUUAGAAAAAUAUGAAAAGGUCCACCACUUUGGGGAGGAUGAGGAGGAGGUACAGCCAGGAAAUCCCAAACCGUCUCUUCCAAUUGGUGCAAUCCCCUGCUCCUACAACUACCAGCAACACACUGUAUCAGAUUAUCUUCGCCAAAGCUACGGGCUGUCCAUGGAGUUUGCCCCGCCAUGUGACUACAACAAACUGGUGCUGUCCCUGCUGUCGGGCCUCCCAAAUGAAGUGGACUUCGCUAUCAAUGUUUGCACCCUCCUCUCAAAUGAGAGCAAGCACAUCAUGCAGCUGGAGAAGGAGCCCAAACUGGUCACGCUGCUGCUGGCCCAUGCUGGAGUCUUCGAAGACUCUUUGGGAAGUUUCUCUGCUGUAUUUGGGAUGGACUGGAAGGAAAAGACAUCUCGGGACUUUAUCAAGUUCUGGAAGGACAUUGUAGAAGACCUGGAAGUGAGGGACCUCAUCUCAGAAAAGAGCAGCAGCAGAUAUCCAGACGGUACAGUGAGGGAUGAAAGCAGGGACUCCCUAUUCCACCCACGACGGAACAUGGGCAUCAGCGACAUGGAGGGGCAGCGCGUACUCCAAAUCGCUGUCAUACUGCGCAACCUUUCCUUCGAGGAGGCUAACGUUAAACUCCUGGCAGCUAACCGCACCUGUUUGAGAUUUCUUUUAUUAUGUGCCCACUGUCACUUCAUUUCCUUACGGCAGCUGGGACUGGACACACUUAGCAAUGUGGCAGGAGAGCUGCAGUUGGAUCCCGUCGAUUUUCGAACAACCCAUCUCAUGUUUCAUACCAUUACUAAAUGCCUAAUGUCAAGGGAUAGGUUUUUGAAAAUGAGGGCCAUGGAGAUACUGGGGAACUUGUGCAAAGUCGAGGACAAUGGCGUUCUUAUCUGCGAGUAUGUGGACCAGGAGUCCUAUAGAGAGGUCAUCUGCCACCUCACCCUCCCUGAUGUCAUGCUGGUCAUCUCCUCUCUGGAGGUGCUGUACCAACUGGCUGAGCUGGGGGAUGUCACCUGCACAAAGAUUGCCUCUGUGGAUAGGAGUAUAGAUCUGUUGGUGCGACUGGUCUCGGUGGACCUGCACACAUUUGGACCAGAUGCCCUGACCGCAGUCAAGCUGAUUGAGCACCAAAGCGCCAGCAGCCAGGUGGGGUCGGAGGUGCGCCCCCAGCUGGUGGAGCGUUUGCCUGCUCAACUGCAGGGCACCCCAGCGCCAGUGCCGAGAAUUCCUGUCCAGUCCCCUCCUCCUGGGAUUGUGGAAAUUGAUGGGGAGAAGUUUGCAACACAGUGGCUGAACGCACACUUCGAAGUGCACAGCGAUAGCUCCGUAUCCCGGUCAGAGAUGUACUCAGAGUACCUGUCCACCUGCAGCAGGAUGGCCCGGGGCGGCAUCCUCACAUCAUCUGGAUUCUACAAGUGUUUGAGGAGCCUGUUCCCGAACCACACAGUGAAGCGCUUGGAGGAUUCCCGGACAAGUGGCCAGGCCCACAUCCAUGUGGUGGGAGUGAGGAGGAGGAGCCUCCCCCUCCCCAUUCAGCUGUACUACCAGCAGCAGGCCCCGCCUGCCCCCCCACCACGGCAGGAAACUGCAUCUGAACCCCCGCAGGCACCACCCACAGGCUUGCCACAUGGCCCUUCCAGUUUGGGGGGUCAGUUCCAGCAGGCAGCGGUCAAUAGCCUUACAGCCAACCCGGCAGCCUCCCAGCUGGCCUUUGCCAUCCAAGGGGUCCCCACUGCAGCCCAGGCUGCUCCCAGGACACCCCAAACCCAGCAGCAGCUGCCCCCAGCAGCAACAAUGGCCCCCAGCAAAGCAGGAGACGUUUCCAAGGCGCCGUCGGGCCAGAACCAGAGCUCUUCCACACCUCCAGUCCAGAACCACACAGCCGUCCACCAGGCUUCGGCCACCAUGGUAACCCCCUCACCCAUGCUGCAACACCCCCCUGUCGUGGCACCAGGGGGGGGCCCGGUCACCGUGCUACAGCAAGGCCUCCCCCAGACACACAUCCUGGCCGGACGUGUGGCCCCGCCCAUGACUGUGUCGCCCGGGCAACAGCAGCCAGCCCAGAUCCCCCCACCCCCUGGCCAGUCACAGGAGGCCAUGGUGCUGGCGCCACCCCAGUAUGUGGCGGCCUCCGCCCCCUGCUCCUCUCUGCAAAACUUCCAAGUGGCUGGAGGUCAGGUGUUCACCAUCGCCGGGAUGCCCAACUCGCAGGGGUCACGUGUGACCUUUCAAAACAUUGCCCCCAAGCCCUCCCCGCCUCAGACCAUGCAGCAGGGCAUGGUCCUGGUUAGCUCCGCCCCUCAGCAGAGCCAGGCCUUUGCCCCUGCCCUCCACCAGAUCGUCCUCACCAACACCUCCAGCAUCCCUGCCACUCAAGCCGUUCAGCUGGCUGGACAGUCCAGCAUGAGCGGCUGCCCCCCCUCCGGCAGCCCACUACCCCAGGUUCUGCCCACCCCCUCCAGCAUAGUACAAGCCCAGGGCCCGCCCCCAACAGUCAGCCAGAUGCUGUCUGUGAAACGGCAGCUGCAGCAGCACCCUGCCUCCCUGCCCCCGGGACAGCCUACCUCCAACGAGUCCAGCUUAAUCAAGCAGCUGCUGCUUCCAAAGCGAGGCCCCUCCACACCAGGGGGAAAGCUCAUCCUCCCCGCCCCGCAGAUCCCACCCCCCAAUCACACCCGCGCCUCUAGUCCCCAGCUGGUAUACCAGGUGGCCAACAGCCCCGGCGCGAGCUUUGGAGUACAGGGGGCACCACAAACCCCCCAGAUGCUGGUGGGGCAGCAGAAUGUGCAGCUGGUACAGAGCCCCCUGCAGUCGCACGGGCCUGUCCACACUGUGCCCCUCUCCAACCUGCUCCUGUCCUCCAGCAGCCCUGCUGCCAUCAUACAAGGUACACCCGGGAGCCAGGUCACCUUCACCGUGGUCCCCAGCGCGGGUUUUGCGCCUGCCACUGUGAGUCAGGGUGGGGCCGAGCCCUCCGCGGUGCUUCCUGCUCAAGCUCUGGCGCCAUCUCUGCCCGGGGCCAGCCCCCCUGCCCCCAUGCCCCUGUUCAGGGGUGACAAGAUCAUCUGCCAAAAGGAGGAGGAGGCCAAGGAUGCCACGGGGCUGCAUGUACAUGAACGCAAGAUCCAAGUGAUGGAGAACUCAUCCCUUGCCGAGGGGUCCACCAAAACCAGUAACGGGGACUCUAUGGAGACAGAGACCUCCUCAGCCAAGCUGGUGAAUGGGAAGAAGUGCACCGACUCCAGUCUACCUCCUUUCAACUCAGGGAAAAGCCAGCUGGAGGCCGGUCCACGAGCGCAGGUCCCCAAUGGGCCACUGUCUGAGGCCAACGGUGAGUCGGACGUGGCAGAGGCCAAGCCUGACUCUAAGCGCCUGAUGGUGAAUGGGUUGUGCGACUUGGAGAGGGCAGAUGGGUCCCAUCUAAGCAAAAACAUUCCAAAUCACAAGGCUUCCAAACACUUGGGAAAUGGGGAAAUUCCUCCCUCAAGGUGGCAAGAGAACUCGGACGCUUCUCAGCAAGACACUGCCAAAGCUGACCAAUCAGAGCGAGUGACCAAUGGCCCCCUGUCGGCCUGCAACUCCAUGGCCGCAGCAGGUGCCCCCUCCGCCUGCUCCAGGAGCACCAGCAAUAGCGCCGAGAUCUCAAAUGGCCCUGUGCGGCCGCCGUCCAAUCAGCAGCAGCAGCAGCAGCACCCGGGCCCCAGUGGUCCAGUGGGCGGGUCAGCCUCAUGCGAUGCUUCACCCUCGAACGGCUCGGGCGAGAGCAGGGCCGCCAAGCGGCUGGCAGAGGACUUGGACAAAGCGGCCAUCUCCGGGAUCCCCAGCAAGGUCGGGGUGCGGAUAGUGACCAUCAGCGACCCCAACAACGCCGGCUGCAGCGCCACCAUGGUGGCUGUCCCUGCAGGCGCUGACCCCAGCACAGUAGCCAAAGUAGCAAUAGAAAACGCCACACAGCAGAAACAGCACCCCUCGCUGGCGCUGGCCACCCCACCCCAGUCCUCGUCGAUACCAUCCCCUCCCCCACCCCCACCCCUGCCCCUGCGCCCCAGCAGCGUCACACCCACACCCCCCCUGGUGGUAGCCCAGGUCCCAGAGGUACCCCCAGACGAGGAUCGGAAGCCAGGCCACAACUUCAGGUGUUUGUGGCAGUCCUGUAAACGGUGGUUUGAGACACCAUCUCAGGUGUUCUAUCAUGCAGCCACACAGCAUGGAGGAAAAGAGGUGUACCCGGGACAGUGCCUCUGGGCGGGCUGUGAACCUUUCCCCCGACAGAGGCUGUCAUUCAUCACCCAUCUGCAGGAUAAACACUGUUCACGGGAGGCCCUGCUGGCUGGAUUAAAAGUGGAAGAGCAGACGCAAAACGGCAAUCAGAAAACUCCCAGGCCCCAGCCUGAGGGAAGCAGCCCCCUCACUCCUCGAGCACAAAAGGCUCUGGUGAACCACCCCAGCGCUGCCCUCAUGGCCCUGAGGAGGGGGUCCCGAAAUCUGGUGUUCAGGGACUUCACUGAUGAAAAAGAGGGACCAAUAACCAAACAUGUCAGACUGACAGCUGCCUUAACACUGAAGAACAUCGCUAAAUAUUCAGAUUGUGGCCGAAAGCUGGUGAAACGACACGAAAACCACCUCUCCGUGCUGGCGCUCAGUAACAUGGAGGUCUCUACCACACUCGCCAAAUGCCUUUACGAACUGACCCGCUCACUCCAGGCCUGAACUCUCCAAUGCCACAGCCACUGUGGCCACUGAGCGGAGGAGGGGCACUCGGCGCGCCUCUGAAGAGGGCUAUCUCAACAGCACCGUCAGCGCUCCCACCACUCACUGUACUGGGAUCAGUGAAGUAGUUCCUUUCGUUCUUUCCACAAACUGCCACGGGAUCUUCCAGCCUCCGUCGGUGCUCAGCGGCCCGCGUCAGUGCGGGCGGAGGCACUACCAGCCCCAUUACUCAUCCCUACAGCGUUCCCACCCCCAGCUCCACCCUCCACACUUUACAAUCAGACAGUGUUUGUACUCCCCACCCCAAUACGAGCACAUUUUUAUAAUCCUGGGACUGUAUGCCUAAACUGGUCGGAGUACCAGUUCAGUAGAUCGAAGCCUGUGGGUCCAGUUGGGGGGAGGGGGGAUUGGGUUGGAUUGGGUGAGCUGCAGCUGGAGAUUGGCUAGAGCGUGUUUUUCCUUAAAACUUGGUAGCUUGGUUUUCUUACUUGAGCCGAUAUAUUUUCACUUAUUUAUUAUUGAAAUAAAUACCAAUAUGUCGAAAUUAAAAAAUCCUGUAAAUAUUUGUGAAUAUAUAUAAAAUCCAGACAUGCCGCGGCAGUCACUGGAGAGAGCCGCUUGGCGGGGUCAGAGCGUUACAGUAGGUUCACUAGGUUUUUUCUUUUUUUGUUUCAUUUUUUUUUAACGGUCCCUGUCACUCGUACCCGAUGUGAUUAUAUACUCAGCAGUGGAUGAAUGUUCUUCAGAGAUGUGUAAAUAGUCUGCAAAGGUACUGCUGCUGUAAAGUCAGGGGAGGGGGAAGCAGUUUUUUGUGGAACUGUGAUUUUUUUUUUUUUUUUUUUUGUAUUAUAAAACCUUGUAGAACUCAUUUUGCUGGCUGAAAGAGUAUGGAAUAAUAUAUCAUGUCAUUUUUGUAGAAGAAAAAAACUAUUGAAGGUAUUUUUUUUGCCCUAACAUCCACUGUAAACGUUCGUCACUGCGCAAGCUCAGCACUUGUGCAGAAUUCUUUUGUAUUUGUAAAUUGGUUUAAAUACAUGGAGUUUUAUACAGGCUUUCUCCUGUUGUUAUAUUUGCUUUAUGUGCAGGUAUGAUAUUUUUCUUCACUACUUUUUCUAUCUUAAUAUAGUGUGGAGUUUAAUUGUACGAUUUUUUCAUUCUUAAUGCCAUGCCACAUUCCGGCUCUCAUCCCCAGACUGUCUUUGCAGCGUGUUCCUGUAAACAUUUCUAUCUGCCUGUUGUAGUAGCAUCCAAACGGGGGCGUCCCAUCACCAUUUCUGCUCUGUCAGUAGGGUGUGUGCGAUAUGAAUAGACCCAACCGUCUGUUAUAGAUUGG